AUGGAAUGGCUAGGAUCUGACAUCUUCAAGAAUUUGGCUUUACUCAAGCUUUUUCCUAUUGCUGUGGCCAUCGAGUUGUGGGGUGCAGAGAAGAGGGACCAGCCAGUGAAAGUAAGGGAAGGCGCCGACGAACGGCAGGGCGUCCGUCCGUUCAUCGCCGGCGUCCUUCGCGGGCUGUGUCCCCCGGAGCUCCUCUCCUCGUGUCCUCGGAGGGAGCGAGAUUCGCGGGUGCCGCGGUUGCAGGAACGCCGAGGUGGGGGGUGGUGCUGCAGCAUGCUGCUCCGAAACCACCUCCCUCUGCAGUCCAUGGGGAAAGAGACAGAGGGGGCGGGACUCUUGCUCAGGGGGAAGGGCAGAUAUAUCUGUCCACUUUUUGCAAACUGUCGGGAGAAAAUUAAGAAAAGGACCUUUGAGAAUACAGACUUAUUGGAACUACACGAACUGGAACUGCUAAAAGACGCUAUUAACGGCAGACGCAAGAAAGCCAUACAGCGUGAAACAACAGCCACUCAAGGAGAGUUCACUAAACAGGGAACACAGUUCUGCAAGAAAAUGGAGGAACAAAACUGUUUACUAUUGGACAGAGAAUCUCCAGAGAAACAGCAAUACAAGAAGCAUGACAUCAAGAUAGCGUGCUACAUAUUACUUCCAUGGUUGUUGGUGCUGAGUUUUUUGGUUGCUGUGUUGUUUGAACUAUACCAGAAGCCAAUUGGAAUUGAUGAUCCGACAAAGGAUUUACCACAGAAGACAUUGUUAUCACAUAAAAUAAGAGAAGUUCAGGUGGAUCGACUCCUGACAUCAGACAUUGAUACAUCAAGAGACAUUGUUGGACAAAUUAGAUUCGGUUAUGGCUCCAGAGAUCAACCUUGUUUGACUAUAUUUUUUGAGCAUACCUCAGAAAUCACGGUUCAUGCAAAAGUAGGACCAAAAGCCAAAUUCACACAGUCACAGGGGAAUUAUACCCAUAAUAAUCAGACAGGUGUUUGGGAAUGUCAUCCUACUGAGUCCAUGUGGUGGUCUAUAACAAUUAAGGGAGAAGAACAUGCACAAUGGACAGGUGAUGUUACCAAUGAGAUGUUAACAUCAGGGAAAAUGGGAAGAUCUAAGACAGAGAUUUGGUAUAAGACUCAGUCUUAUGGGAAAAUCUUAGAUCCUUCACUGCUUUCUAUAUCAGCAGGGGAUGAUGAUUGGACUAGGGUUUGGAACUUUCAGGUGGAAAGAGAGACAGCUUUGGUCAAAGUAUCUUUUGUGUUUACGGUAACUAAUUCUAUAGCACCUGAAGUUAGAGUUAAUCCCCGUAGUGUCCAAGAGGAAUUGGAACCUAUAGAACUACAAUCCGGGAAAGGUAUGCGCAAUGCGCAUAGACAACCUCCACUGCUGCCGGCACUUUCUCCGGUGUCUUCACCUCCUGUGUCUCCUUCACAUCCCAUGCCUCCUGGACCUGACUAUUCCAAACAGGUAGAACCGAUGCAGCUGGUGUUCACCUGCCUUUCAGUGGAGGAGACAGACUAA